AUCUUAAGAGACUUAAAUCAACCACAAGGUGGUGAGGUAGAUGAAAUGUCAUAUGACGACAAAUACAGACAUUUCUCCAUGGCAAAGAUGAGACAAGUUUUAAAUAUUUACAAUAGCCGUAAACAAAAAGGUUUGGGAAACCACUCCCCCGAAGAAAUGAAAAACAACCCCGACUUAGAGAAAGACUAUAUAUUUAAUAGUUUAGUCAAAAGAGACAAACAAGAAAGAAUGCCAGGCUUCAAACUUAAGAAAGGUGACAAAGUAAAAAUAGAAAUACCUAAACGCGACCCAUAUGAAAAUACUAUUGACUAUGACAACAAUGGGAACUCGACAGGUACUCACGUUCGUGUUCGUAAAAAUAGAAGAAAGUAUACAAGAGAAUAUUAUGAAGUUUUAGGCAAACAUGGCAAAAUGUACAGACUGCAAGCAGAAGAUAAAACUACUAUUGUCAGACCUCGUUUCAAACUUGUCAAAGUUCAAGGUGGUAUACUUUCAAAGACAGUUCCUAACAAAUAUAAGACAACUCCUGACGAAUAUGCUAAAGAAGUGGAACAUGACGACUAA